CUGGAUCUAGCUUUAUUUGAUCGGAGUGGGAUGACACUCAUGGCGGUCUUGGAGUCAGAUCUUAGAGCUCUCUCUGCGGAGGCUCGCCGCCGGAACCCUAACGUUAAGGACGCCGCAGAACAUGCUAUUUUGAAGCUGAGAUCAUUGUCAAGCCCUAGUGAAAUUGCUCAAAAUGAAGAUAUACUCAACAUCUUUCUCAUGGCCUGUAAGGUUAGGACGGUUAAGUUGAGUGUGAUUGGACUAUCUUGCCUGCAAAAGCUCAUAUCCCAUGAUGCAGUUGCACCAUCAGCUUUAGAGGAGAUUCUGUGCACCCUCAAAGACCAUGGUGAAAUGGCUGAUGAGAGUCUUCAACUCAAGACACUACAAACUAUCCUUGUAAUGUUCCAAUCUUGUUUACAACCUGAUAAUGAGGUGAAUACUGCUCAAGCUCUUGACAUUUGUCUCCGGCUUCUUGAAAGCAAUAAAUCUUAUAGUGUACGGAACACAGCUGCAGCAACCUUUAGACAGGCAGUUGCCCUAAUAUUUGAUAGGGUGGUUACUGCUGAGUCUCUUCCCUCUGAGAAAUUUAAAUUUGCUUCUGAAGUCCAUAUGUCUCGAAGUAAUUCGGUUACAAGUGACAUUACCUGCAAUAUAACACAUCUAAAGUCAUUGGAGCAAGAGUUUACUUCUGGAACUUCGUUAUUAAUGAGGAAUACAUUAACUAAAGCUGGAAAGCUUGGCCUUAUUUUGCUUGAGGAUUUGGCAUCUCUUGCAGCAAGUGGUUCUGCUAAUUGGUUAGGAGUCAGCUCCCUCCAAAGAACGUUUGUGCUUGACAUACUUGAGUUUAUUCUGUCCAAUUAUGUGGUGUUAUUCCGAACCUUGAUUCCAUACGAGGAGGUUCUCCGACGCCAGAUAUGUUCAAUCCUAAUGACAUCACUUCGUACUGAUUCUGAGUUUGAAGGAGAAACUGGAGAACCAUAUUUCCGUAGGUUGGUCUUGCGAUCAGUUGCCCAUGUAAUCAGACUUUAUAGUUCAUUGCUAAUAACUGAAUCUGAGGUGUUUCUCAGCAUGUUAGUGAGGGCUAUCUCUCUUGACUUACCACUAUGGCAUCACAUUCUUGUUCUUGAAAUUCUGAGGGGUUUUUGUGUUGAGGCACACACUUUGCGAAUACUUUUUCAGAAUUUUGACAUGAAUCCCAAAAACUCAAAUGUGGUUGCGAGUAUGGUGGAAUCACUUGCUAGGGUUGUUUCAAGCAUUCAGUUUCAAGACACAUGCGAGGAGAGCCUUGAAGCUGUUGCUGGAAUGUUUAGGGUGGAGCUUGGAUAGUGAUGCAUCCAAUACUGCUGUCUUGGUUGCUAGUGAGGCCCAUGCAGUGACAUUGGCAAUUGAAGGCCUGCUUGGAAUUGUUUUUGCUGUGGCCACUUUGACUGAUGAGGCAGUAGAUGUUGGUGAGCUUGAAUCACCGAGAUUUGAGGUUGGUCCACCAACAAAAUGCACAGGAAAGACGGCAAUGCUUUGUACUUCUAUGGUAGAUUCAAUGUGGCUGACCAUUCUUGAUGCUCUGUCCUUCAUCUUGACGAAGUCUCAAGUUGAAGCUAUUGUGUUAGAAAUAUUGAAGGGUUAUCAAGCAUUUACACAGUCUUGUGGUGUUCUCCGAGCAGUUGAGCCUUUGAAUUCUUUUCUUGCAUCGCUUUGCAAAUUUACAAUCGGCAUCCCAAAUGAAGUUGAAAGGAGAAGUAUUGUACAAUCACCUGGUUCAAAACGGUCAGAAGCAUUCCUGGAACUCAGGGAAAGUAUUGUUCUUACACCUAAGAAUGUCCAGGCAUUAAGGACACUUUUUAACAUAGCUCAUCGGCUGCAUAAUGUUUUAGGCCCUUCAUGGAUAUUGGUACUGGAAACACUAGCUGCUCUUGACAGAGCUAUUCAUUCUCCUCAUGCAGCAACACAGGAGGUGUCUAUGGCUGUUCCAAAACUAACAAGGGAUUCAUCUGGCCAGUACAGUGAUUUUCAUAUACUGUCUUCUUUAAACUCUCAGCUUUUUGAAAGCUCAGCUUUGAUGCAUGUAUCUGCAGUCAAAUCCCUACUUUCUGCAUUACGUCAGUUGUCACAUCAGUCCCUCUCUGCAACGGUUAGCUUUGUACAAGCAUCAAAUCAAAAGGUCGGAAGCAUCAGCUUUGCGAUUGAAAGAAUGCUUUCGGUCCUAGUCAACAAUCUUCAUAGGGUGGCUUCAUUGUGGGAUGAUGUGAUUGGCCACUUUACUGAGCUCACAAGUAGUUCAAACCAACAUAUUAGAAAUUUGGCUCUGAAUGCGAUGGAUCAAUCUAUAUGUGCUGUUUUAGGAUCUGAAGUGUUUCAGGAACAAGCUUCCUCUAAAGUCUUUGCCAGCAAUGUUUGCCCUGAGAAUAUAGAGAUGAGAUCACUCGAACGUGCUAUCAUAUCUCCCUUAACAACCCUUUAUUCUUCAACACAAAGCGUUGGUAUUUGUGUUACAUUGCUUAAAAUUCUUCUUCAUGUUUUGGAGAGGCAUGGAGAAAAGCUGCAUUAUAGCUGGCCAUAUAUUCUUGACGUUCUAAGGUCUGUGGCGCAUGCCACUGAGAAGGAUCUCAUUUCUCUUGGAUUCCAGUGCCUCCACAUUAUUAUGAAUGAUGGCCUUUCAUCAAUACCUACGAAUUGCCGUCAGGUUUGUAUCGAUGUUACUGGAUCAUAUUGUGCACAGAAAACUGAACUAAACAUUAGCCUGACAGCUGUAGGCCUUCUAUGGACUUCUAUUGAUUUUCUUGUCAAGGGGGCCAAGGGGCUCCAAGAUGCUCACGAAGAACAUAAAGAAUCUUAUAAAAUAAACAAUGGGAUUAUGGAGGAGUAUAAUCUCACUUCUUCAAAUAAUUAUAGGGAGCAAGCAUUACAGCUUAACGUAAUUGAUCGUGACAAAUUGUUAUUUUCUGUUUUCUCAUUACUACAAAGUCUGGUAGCUGAUGAGAGACCUGAGGUACGUAAUUCUGCUGUCCGGACACUCUUUCAAAUACUUGGAAGCCAUGGGCAAAAACUUUCAAAUAGGAUGUGGGAGAAUUGUCUGUGCAAUUAUGUUUUUCCUACACUUGAUUGUGCUUCUCACAUGGCGGCUACCUCAUCAAAAGCUGAAUGGCAAGGAAAAGAGCUUGGAACACGUGGAGGAAAAGCGGUUCAUAUGCUCAUACACCAUAGCCGGAAUACUGCUCAGAAACAAUGGGAUGAGACACUAGUUCUUGUGUUGGGUGGAAUUGCACGCGUUUUAAGAACCUUUUUCCCAUUACUCAGAAAUUUAAGUAAUUUUCAAUCAGGAUGGGACUCUUUACUGUGCCUCGUUGAGAACAGCAUCUUGCAUGGUAGUAAAGAAGUUGCCCUUGCAGCAAUAAAUUGCUUGCAUUCCACCAUAGUUUCACAGUCUCCUAAGGGAAAUUUGCCACUUCCAUACCUUAUAUCUGUCCUUGAUAUUUACGAGCUUGUUCUUUCGAAGUUGCCAAACUACAGCAAUAGUGCAACCAGCAAAGUGAUACAAGAAAUCUUACUUAGUCUUGGUGAUCUAUAUGUUCAAGCGCAGGAAAUGUUUGACAGCUUCAUGUAUUUAAAGCUGCUAAAAGUUCUAGAUGUGGGGAUCAAACAAACCAAGAUUGCAAAUAGCAACUUUGAAGCUGAUUAUGGCCAUCUUCCACCAUUGCAGCGCACUAUACUUGAGAUUCUACCAAUCGUAUGCCCAGCUAAUCAUAUUGCUACAAUGUGGCCCCCUUUCCUUGGGAAACUAAUGGAGUAUCUUCCAGGAUGUGAUUCUUCCAUUGGCGAACUUGAUGAUGGAGAUCAAGGAAACACUGCCGAUAGUGUUGAUGUUCCUUGUAGAAUUGCUUCAAAUGCUCCAAAAAAAUCAGAAAAUUUAUCACCUGCAGGGCCAAGUGUCUCAACACAUAUGUUCUCCGAGAAACUUAUUCCUGUACUAGCAGAUCUUUGCGUGCAAGCUCCAGCUGCAGUGAAGUAUGACGUUUUCCCUGACAUUAUUCAUGUUUUAGGAAGAUGUAUGACAACAAGAAGAGACUUUCCUGAUGGCACACUAUGGAGAAUAGCAGUUGAAACAUUCAAUAAAUUUAUGGUUGAUGAUCUUAGCAAGGUGACCAAAAGCUCAACAACAGAUAUAGCUAAUAUAAGAUCUGCAAAAGUACGCACUUGGAAAGCAGUUGCUGAUAUUUAUGAAAUAUUUCUUGCGGGAUAUUGUGGUCGUGCUCUGCCUUCAAAUGCACUUUCUGUGUUGGCCCUGAAAGCUGAUGAGUCUCUUGAAAUGAAUAUCUUGGAUAUCUUGGGAGACAAUAUUCUCAAUUCCAGGACUGAUGCACCCGCUGAUAUACUGCAGCGACUAAUCUCCACCUUAGAUAUAUGUGCUUCAAGGACAUGCUCCUUGCCGCUUGAGACUGUUGAACUUAUGCCUCCACAUUGCAUUAAAUUUUCAUUGACCUGCUUGCAGAAGUUGUUUUUGUUGAGCAGGCAGAGAACAAGCGACCAAAAUUCAACUAGUUCCCAAGUUAGCAAAAUCUCAAUUGGAACAUUGUUGAUCAGAUGUGAAUAUAUACUAGAUAAAUUUUUGAAGGAUGAGAAUGAACUAGGGGAUUGUCCACUGCCUGCAGCAAGAUUAGAAGAAGUUCUUUUUGUUCUCCAGGAGCUGGCUUGUCUUGUGCUUCAAUCAGAUAGUGCAUCAUUUCUUCCUUUACACCCAAAAUUAAAGAGUGGCCUUGUACAGGAGAAUCGUGCAAACCAUUUGCAUUUGAUCGUUCUUUUUCCCUUCCUUUAGUGAACUAGUCAUAUCAAGGGAAGCCAAGGUGAGAGAGCUGGUCCACGUAUUGUUGCGACUUGUCACUUCAGAAAUGGGUUUGAGAAAGCUUUGUUCAACAAGUUGAUUGUUCUGUGUAUCAUCAUUCUAAUUAUCAUAUAUUUUUGUUCCACUUUUAUUUUUAAAUUUCAAUGCUCUUAUGUGCAUUAGU